UCUCUGCUAUCAAGUCAACUUCCAUUGGAAAUUGGAACGGAGAGAAGUGACGGGAGGAAAAUACAAUUGAAUAUAAAAUAUAAUAAUAAUGGAAUCGCGCUUGCCAAAACCGUCGACCAUAAAGCGGCCCAUGAUGCCGGUGAAAAGUAUACUGCCCACAGAUCGAAUCAAAGCCGGCGGUGCGGGCGCCUUCAGUGCAAACCAAACCUACUGUGGAAACUUGCUGGCACCGCUCUCCCGAGAUAUUAACAAUUUGCAGGACAUGGAUCGUCGCAGGGGUCGAGCUGCCUCGCCGGAGCCUACCAAAAUAUCAAACCAAAAUCGCGCCAAAUUGAGACGAAGUCGCUCGGCCUGCGACAUCAACGAGAUGCGCCAGAAUAACAAACGCCCGGCGGCACAGCCAGCAUUGGCGAGCAUUCCCAGCAAAGUCUCGCGCUUUGGCAACACAAAUGUGGCCACUGCUCCGGCCCCAGGUCAGCGUUUGGGUCGACAGGCUGGAAAUACAACAACGACAGCGCCAGCUUCCACUGUAACCAAGCGACCGAUAGCCUCUCGUCCUUUACCCAGAGCAGCAACUACAGCCACAGCCACAGCCUCUGCCACAGCUACCAAAACAAAGCCGGCAACCAGCGGUGUCGGUGCAGCUGCAAAGCGCAUAGCACCGUAUGAUUUCAAGGCUCGAUUCCAUGAUCUGCUGGACAAGCACAAGGUGCUCAAAACAAAGUACGAGAAGCAAGUGGAGGAUAUGGGAGAACUAGAGUCUCUGCCCACCCAGCUCGAGGAGACGCAGACGAAGCUAAUCGAAACCGAGUCUUCCCUGAAAAAUAUGCAGACAGACAACGACUGUCUGCAAAGGCAAGUGAAGCAACAGACCAAGAACAUUGAAACGAUUACAACCUCGCUGGGCAGGACAAAAGAAGAGCUGUCGGAGCUGAAGGAAAAUCAUAAGCAAAUAAAGAUGGAACACGAUAGCCUAACCAAGGAGGUGUUGCAACUGCGGCAGCGCACCGAAGAUCUGAUGCGCAGCAACGAGCAACAAGCAUCGGAACUGGAGACCUGCAAGGAGCAGCUGUUCCAAUCUAAUAUGGAGCGGAAAGAGCUGCACAACUUAGUCAUGGAUCUGCGCGGAAAUAUACGCGUAUUUUGUCGAAUACGUCCGCCACUUGCCUCCGAGCUGGAACGCAAUCGCUGCACUUGGAUAUUCCAUGAUGAAACCACAGUCGAGCUGCAGAGCAUCGAUAGCCAGGCCAAGAACAAGAUGGGCCAGCAAAUCUUCUCGUUCGACCAGGUGUUCCAUCCUCAGUCGACGCAAACGGAUAUUUUUGAGAUGGUGUCGCCGCUCAUUCAAUCCGCGCUCGACGGCUACAACAUCUGCAUAUUUGCCUAUGGCCAGACGGGCAGUGGCAAGACCUAUACCAUGGAUGGUGUGCAGGACGAGGUGGGCGUGAUUCCACGCACCGUAGAUCUGCUCUUCGACUCCAUAAAGGGGUAUCGCAACUUGGGCUGGGAGUAUGAGAUUAAGGCCACCUUCUUGGAGAUCUACAACGAAGUGCUGUACGAUCUGCUGAGCAACGAGCAGAAGGAUAUGGAAAUUCGCAUGGCGAAGAACAACAAGAACGACAUUUAUGUGUCCAACAUAACCGAAGAGACUGUGGCCGAUCCCCACCAUCUGCGCCAGCUUAUGCUGAUGGCCAGACAGAAUCGCGCCACAGCAUCCACGGCGGGCAACGAGCGGUCCUCGCGAUCGCAUGCCGUGACCAAACUUCAGCUGAUAGGCCGACAUGCAGAGAAACAGGAGGUAUCGGUGGGCUCCAUCAAUCUGGUUGACUUGGCCGGCUCUGAGUCGCCAAAGACCAGCAUACGCAUGACCGAAACGAAAAGUAUCAAUCGUUCGCUCUCCGAGCUGACGAACGUCAUUUUGGCUCUACUACAAAAGCAGGACCACAUUCCCUAUCGCAAUUCAAAGCUUACGCAUCUACUGAUGCCCUCGCUGGGUGGUAACUCCAAGACGCUGAUGUUUAUCAAUGUUUCGCCCUUCCAGGACUGCUUCCAAGAGUCUGUCAAGUCUUUGCGUUUCGCUGCCUCCGUUCAUUCCUGCAAAAUACCAAAGGCAAAGCGCAAUCGUUACAUGGCACUCAACAACAGCUCCUUGAGCUCCAGCGCCAGCAGCAGCAGCAUGAGCAAUAGCUUUGAUAAAUAGGCGACUCGUUUUUGUUUUCUGUUUGUUCUGAAAGUUUGUAUAUUCUCUCUCUUCUACAGGCCUCACAUGCACACGCAUUCCAAAACAUUAUUUACCACCCAACAAUUCUGUUAUCGCUUAAGUUAUGUGUUUACUUUUAGUCGAAAAUAAACUAAUCAAGUGA